AUGGACGUCAAAACAACUUUCCUUAAUGGGAACAUGGAAGAGGAUGUGUACAUGAUACAACCUGAAGGUUUUGUCGAUCCAAAAGAUGUUGAUUACACUGAUGCUAGUUUCCAAACCGAAAAGAAUGAUUCACAAUUGCAAUCAAGUUUUUUGUUUUGCCUUAAUGGUGGAACUGUGAGCUGGAAAACUUCAAACCAAGAUACAGUAGUUGAUUCUACAACUGAGGACGAGCAUAUUGCAACUAGUGAAGCUGCAAAAGAGGUUGUUUGGAUCAAGAAGUUCAUAGUUGAACUAGAGGUUGUGCCUAGCAUAUCAGAUGCUAUAAAACUUCGUUGUGACAACAACAGAGCUAUUCACAAGCAAGGAACCUAG